UUUGAUUACGAGAUGUUGCAAAGAAUUGAUUCAUAAUUAUUAAAUGAGUGCUGUUUCUGAAGUUUUGCUUAUAUUUUAAUUUGAUAUGUCAAUAGCGGAAAUGUGUUGUUGAAAAAUGAUACCUGAAUUUAUUGCCAAAAUCGAAACGCAGGACUUUCAGUGAUCGUUUCCUAUUAAUAUAAUCGUAACUGUAACUUUCAUUUCUAUCGAUCGAAGUUUUUUUUUACAACAAACGUCAUUGAAGUUUAGCUUGGAUUUUGAAAAAGUGUGCUUUUCGUCUUACAAUGGAAUUGAAUGCAGAAAGCAUUUUAGAUGCAUUGAAUGACUUCGAGAGAAAGCCCGUUGAAAUACCUCCGAUAUUGGAAGAAUAUUUACAACGAAUUGCACAGAAUGGGGAAAUAAUAUUUCCGUGGUGCAAACUAAAACCCUUAUUGAAGAGGAAACUUGAACUGGUGCUUGAUGAAUUUUAUGAAACAUGCCCAGCAGAAGUAUCAUUACCUGUGCCAAAUUUUGAAACAUUUAAUUUUGAUAAUUUAAAGAAAAGUAUACUUCAGGCAGUUGAUUCGUUUACGAGCGCGCCUUUUACAAUUCAAAGACUGUGUGAACUAGUAACGAACCCCAAGAAACAUUAUAAUCGUACUGAUAAAUACAUGAGAGGCAUAGAAAAGAAUGUUUUAGUGGUUAGCACUAUAGAACCUCGGGUAGGUGUCCAGGGUGAUGGAAAUAAUGCAAAUCUGAAUCCAGUCGUGAAUGGAAUGAUAAGUGAUUCUCCUCGGGAUGAUAAUGAUUGCUUUAAUGGCCACGAGAAUUCUGAUAAUGUGUCGUCGUCGAACAUAAAUACUCCUCCUUGCCAUGUAUUACUAGAAAACUUUGCAAAUGUAUUUCCGUCUGCAGCAUGUAUUCCAUCAGCAUCAAAUAUUUGCAUUAAUAGGGAAAUUGAUAAUAAUUUUAUGGCUAACUCAGAAUGUGUUGAAACUCAAGAAGUUGAGUUUGAAAAUAGUAUGCAAGCUGAGCAGGCUGGGAAAGAAAAUAUUGAAGCUAAAGAAGAAGCAAUGGAAGCUUCUAGUGAAGAAAUGCAGACCACAUCUGCAAUAAAUGAGGAAGUAACAUCUGGUGUAGUGGUAUCUUCUGAAAAUUCAAAUAUCGAGAAUGAAUUUCCACCAGCAGAAGAUAAACAGCCAAAUAACGACGUACAAUCAGAGGAGUCUUCUUCAUCAAUUAGCACAGAUGACAAGAAUGAAAAAGAAAAAAAUGCAGGAUCCUCAGGUUCUUGCACUGCAAAUUCUGAUAAAGAAGCUAACAUGUCUAGCCAGUGCCAACAAGAUGACACAGUUUCCCAAAGUGAUGACAGUUCUCAUGAUGUAACCAAGAUAUCUCAAAGCGACGAAGUAAAUUCAAAUACUAGUCAAGGUGCCGACAAUGAAGUUGACUCGGAAGUAUCACAAAAUAUCUCAACUAGUGAGUCUUCUGAAAACUCUAUGGAACUAGAAUCUUCUAGUUCUAAUGAACAGGCCAUUUAACUGUGUUGUUGGUCAUUGCUUCUUGUGCAUCAGCUACUGGCUAUUCGAUGAAUAUUGCUCGUAGCAAUCCAUCAUACAAUAUUUUAGUCUCAUGAUCAAGAGCGUUCUGGAUAGAUUUAUUUUUUAAUGCCUUGCAGGAAAAAGUGAGGUGACUUUUCUACCAUUUAAUGUAACAUAUUUUAUUGUUUAAAACAGUUUUUUUGCCAUUUCAUCUGUCUGAUUUUCAAAACUGAUGUUGCAGUUUUUUUUAUAUCAAAAGUGAAAUAUAAUUCAGACUGACGAGUACUUAUUUAAAACUAAACACAAUUUUUCUGUUUUCGAAAGUGAAUGCUUUGUUUUAAAAUAUGCUUAAUUUUUCAUGGUAUGAGUUUGAUAAUUUUUUUACAGGUAUAAAUUUUGAAUGUUUAAUGUAUAUCUGUAAUUUUAUUACCAUAUUUAUUUGAUUUAAAACCUGGAACUGCUCGAGAUAAAAUUUUUGAGCAAAACUUAAGAGGAGUAGCAGGAAUUGGACACCACAUCUCCAAAAAUCAAGUGAAAAGUUGAUUUCCAUUUUGCCUAGUUUGGCUAGAAUAAAUUGUUCCAAUAACGAUUUGAUUCAUGUUUAUAUAUGAGAAAUGUUUGCUGUAAUACUUAAUUUAUUCUUUAUAUCUCAGUUUUGAUAUUUUUGUUCAGAUAUAGAAUUUAUUUGCAAAAUAUUAUUGAUUUGAGUAGUUAUAUUGUGAAAUAUCGAAGGUUGCCAAAAAUCGUAGACUAUUACUGAAUUAUUAAAAAAUAUGGCUAGUUUUAAUAUUAAACAAUAUAAUUUCAUAUUCAUUUUAGAGAAAUGACCAUUAAGCAAUUAAAAUGCAAAUAUUAUUUUAAUAUUUAUACUGGAUAAAAUUGCAUCAACUUAAACUACAGCAAAAGCAUGCGUGUUAAUAUAUGUGAUGAGAACUGUAAUUGAAAUUUUUGAAUUGAAAGAAAUGUUUAAGUCUUGAAUUUUCAGUGUAUUAUAAACAUUUGCAAAAUCAGUGUUCUUGUUGGGAGUAAUUCUUUUUCUUCUAUAACUUUUUGCCUUAACUGUCUUAUGUUUUCCAUUUACAUUCAGAAAAAAUGCAAUUGUGAAUAGUUGAUCUCAUUUAAUCUGUAUUUUUAAAUUGGAGCUUAGUAAAGAGAGUAAAUCGAAUGAAAACAUUUGAUUGAGAAAUUAUUUGCCUUAUCUUCUUUUCCCUCCCUCUGUGUUUUUUAUUAUAUAUGUAUGUAUAUAGCUUUAGAAUUUCACAACUUUAAAAAAAAAUUUUUUUUUAAUUUUGCUGAAAUUUUUCUUUGUUUGCCUUUUGUGCUCUUAAUAUUCUGAAAACUGCAGCGUAAAUAUUGGACAGCUAAUUGAUUUUCAAUGUGGCAGUUUAAGAAAACUAAUGUUUCUGUGUGUAAGAAAAGUUUAAGAAAACUAAUGUUAUGUAAGGCAGUGAAAAUGCGAUUCUUAAGUAUUGAGUGAAUUUAAUAUAAAAUUUAUAUUCGAAGAAGUUGUGCAUUUGAGUAGCAUAUUUAAUCAUAGAAUUGAAAGGCUGUAAAGAAAGAAGUAGUUUAAAAUGGAUUAUUUUUAGGUAUCUGGGGUGUACUGUUAUCUUGUAUAUAGAUUGCGCAAAAUAAGUACAGUGUGUUGAGCAAUAAAAAGUAAGGCUUUUGUGUCAUGAA